AUGCCACUACCCAUCAGUGUCAUCAUAGUUGGAGCAGGGGACCGUGGAAGGACAUACUCCGUGUUUGCUUCUAUCCACCCAGAUCGCAUGCGAGUUGUAGGGGUUGUGGACCCUCAACCCUCUGCAAGAAGGAAACUUCAGGAGGAACACAAGGUGGCUGAUGAAAACACCUUUGAUGACUGGCGCUGCCUAACAGAGAGGGAGAAAUUUGCAGAUGCUGUAUUUAUCUGCACACCUGAUCGCCUUCACAAGGACCCGGCUGUGGCAUUGGCAAAGAAAGGCUACCAUAUUUUGCUGGAGAAACCUUUAGCUGUGACCGUCAGGGACUGUGAAGAGAUUGUGGAGACCUGCACCAAGAAUGGUGUAAUGCUCAGUGUGUGUCUUGUUCUACGAUACGACCCUGUAAUUCAGAAAAUAAAAAUGCUCAUUGACAAUGGAGUACUUGGGGAUGUGGCACACAUUCAGCACUUGGAACCAGUGGGGUUCUUUCAUUUUGCUCACUCCUAUGUGAGAGGGAACUGGCGGAAUGAGGCAGAGAGCUCCUUUGUCCUUCUGGCCAAAUCUUGUCAUGAUAUGGACCUCAUUUACCACUGGGCUGGUGGUCGCAGGUGUUUAAAGAUUUCCUCAUUUGGAUCUCUUAACCAUUUCCGCAAGGAAUGCAAGCCGAAAGGGGCUGCAGACCGCUGCUUAGACUGUCCAGUUGAAAAAGACUGUGCAUAUUCAGCAAAGAAGAUCUAUGUGGACAGACUUAAAGAGGGGGUUGUCGGCUGGCCAGUGUCAGUGGUGUGUUCCAAAACUCCUCUCGAUAUUGAGUCUUUAACUGAGGCUCUAAAGACUGGCCCAUAUGGUCGCUGUGCAUAUGACUGUGACAAUGAUGUGUGCUCCAACCAGGUUGUGAACAUGGAAUUUGAAGGCGGACUCACGGCUUCCCUUUCAAUGGUAGCAUUUACCAAGGAAGUCUGCAAGAGCAAAACAACCAUCUUUGGCACUAGGGGAGAGCUGUCCUAUGAUGGUUAUGAGAUCAAAGUGUUUGACUUCCUUACCCAGAAGACUACUAAGUACCCAGUGGAAGUCAAAGUCCCACCAAACUUUAAAAAUGAAGGUCAUGGGGCAGCAGAUUAUUUCCUGGUUGACUCAUUUAUUUCAGCAGUAGCGAAUAAAGAUCCAUCCCUGAUCCUGGCAGGUCCUAAGGACACACUGGCAAGUCACAGGCUAGUGUUUGAGGCAGAACGUGCUCGUCUGGAAAAGAGAGUGGUGUUCCUCGAAGCUGACCCUUAA